UUACAACCUGCGAGCUCCCUUCUCCCUCUUCCACGCAUUUCUCAACGUUAGACUAAACGCACGACGGAAUGGCUGCAAAGGAGCUGAAAGUGUUUACAAGGGAGGAGGUGGAGAAGCAUAACAGUGAUGGCGACUUGUGGGUAAUCAUCGACGCGAAAGUGUAUGACCUUACGCGUUUCAAGAACCUCCACCCCGGUGGAAUCUCAGUCCUGACAGAUCCCGAGAUUGCUGGCCAGGACGCAACGGAGGCGUUCUACGGUUUGCACAGGCACGAGGUCCUCGAGCGGCCGCAAUACGCGCGCCUGCAGAUCGGGACAAUCAAGGACGAGAAGCCCGUCAUCGUCGGGAAAGUGAAUGGGGAGCUCAGCAAGGUCCCGUAUGCAGAGCCGACAUGGCUGGUCGACGGGUACUACAGUCCGUACUUCAAAGAGAGCCAUAGGCGGUUGCAGAAGGCGAUAAGGCUGUUCGUGGACGAGUGGAUAUACCCUGAUGCACAGCUACGAGAAGAGGACAACAAGCGGCCAAGUCAAGAAGUCAUCGACGAGAUGGCGAAGCUAAAUAUCCACGCUAUGCGAAUGGGCCCAGGGAAGCAUUUAGAGGGACGUACGCUCAUGGGCGGCAUCGUGACCCCAGAAGAGUUUGAUUAUUUCCACGAACUCGUCAUCACCCAAGAGCUUACCCGCAUGGGCUGCCGCGGCUAUGGUGAUGGUCUCCUCGGCGGUGCGAUCAUCGGUCUGCCUCCGGUGCUGCACUUCGCGUCGCCCGCGGUGAAGGCCAAAGUCGUCCCGGAGGUGCUCGCGGGCAAGAAGUUCAUCUGCCUUGCGAUCUCGGAAGCGCACGCGGGGAGCGACGUCAUGGGGCUGCAGACAAAGGCGGUCAAAACACCCGACGGGAAGCACUGGAUCAUCAACGGGACGAAGAAAUGGAUUACGAACGGGACGUUUGCGGAUUACUUCACCGUCGGCUGCAGAACAGAGGAUGGCUUCACCGCGAUCCUCGUGGAGCGCACGGAGGGCGUCGAGACGAAGCCGAUCAAGACGAGCUACUCAACGACGGCUGGAACGGCGUACAUUACGUUCGACAACGUCAAGGUGCCCGUGGAGAACACGCUCGGGCAGGAGGGCGGCGGAAUCUUCGUCAUCCUGAGCAACUUCAACCACGAGCGCUGGGUAAUGUGCUGCGCGAGCGCGCGCACGCAGCGGCUUAUCGUCGAGGAGUGCAUGAAGUGGGUGAACCAGCGCAAGGCGUUCGGCCGGCCGCUCAGUUCGCAGGCGGUCAUUCGGAGCAAGCUCGCGACGAUGAUCGCUCGGGCGGAGAGCGCGCAGAAUUGGUUGGAGAAUCUGACGCACCAGAUGAACAACAUGUCGUAUAAGGAGCAGGCGCAGAAGCUCGCAGGUCAGAUCGGUCUCCUGAAGAUGUACAGCACGCGUAGCGCACAGGAGACCGCGCGCGACGCCGUGCAGAUCUUCGGUGGUCGUGGUAUCACCAAGUCCGGCAUGGGUCGCUUUAUCGAGCACUAUCACCGCACAGUUCCCUUCGACUCGCUGCUGGGUGGUGCGGAGGAUGUGCUGGGUGACCUGGGAGUGAGGCAGGCGAUCAAAGCUAUGCCUAAGAACGCGCGGUUGUGAGGGCGUGUUCUCGCAUGGGUCCGGAGUACCAUACCUGUAUAUAUUCAUACAUAUAGGCCAUUAUUUAUCCACGGUCUGGCCGCGCAAGACCUACCGCUCCUUGCUUCCACUGGAUAAGCGAGCCGGUCUUCCACGGUCGACGUCUUGCAGCAGC